AUGUCUGGUUUACUCGACAAACUAUCUCCGGCCAGACGGGCCAACAACAGCGACGACCUUCCUCUGUUUUACACUGACCAAAACUCUGAUGGUUUCCAAAGAGGUCACAGAAACACACCAAAAGUGUCUGUCACACUUGCAGAGCUUCUCAUGAGCAUGGAAGAUGAUCAUAACGUCCAAAGUCAUUACAUGCCAUCUCCUUGUCCGUUUGUUCUCUCCUUCAAAGACUUGACUUACAGCGUGAAGACCCAAAAGAACUUUAACCCACUUCCCUGUUUCGGAAACUCAUCUCUCGAUGAUGUGGAGAUGAAUACUAAGAUUCUCCUCAAUGGUAUCUCCGGUGAAGCCCAAGAAGGAGAGAUGAUGGCCGUUCUUGGAGCAAGCGGGUCAGGGAAGUCAACACUUAUCGAUGCAUUAGCCAACCGUAUCGCAAAAGAGAGCCUACACGGUUCCAUCACUCUCAACAAUGAAGUUCUUGAAUCAAGCCUCCAUAAAGUCAUAUCAGCUUAUGUCAUGCAAGACGAUCUUCUCUUCCCUAUGCUCACCGUUGAAGAGACUCUAAUGUUCUCCGCCGAUUUCAGACUUCCAAGCUCACUCUCCAAGAAAAAGAAACAAGCACGAGUUCAAGCUUUGAUUGAUCAGCUCGGUCUUAGAAACGCAGCCACGACAGUGAUUGGUGAUGAAGGACAUAGAGGUGUGUCGGGAGGAGAAAGAAGACGUGUCUCUAUCGGAAUCGAUAUAAUCCAUGACCCGAUUAUCCUCUUUCUAGAUGAACCAACCUCGGGUCUUGACUCUACAAGUGCUUACAUGGUUGUGAAAGUGCUUCAGAGAGUUGCACAGAGUGGUAGCAUAGUGAUCAUGUCUAUACAUCAGCCGAGUUAUAGAAUCUUAGGCUUGCUAGACAAGUUACUCUUCUUGUCUAGAGGGAACACAGUUUACAGCGGUUCACCAACAGAUCUCUCUCGGUUCUUCUCGGAGUAUGGUCACAUUAUCCCUGAGAAUGAGAACAAGACAGAGUUCGCACUUGACCUAAUACGUGAGCUUGAAGAUUCACCAGAAGGAACUAAAACCCUAGUUGAGUUCCACAAGCAAUGGAGAGCAAAGCAAACCCUAAACCCUACCACAAGAAACAGUAAUGUCUCACUCAAAGACGCUAUCAACGCAAGUAUCUUAAGAGAGAAACUAGUCUCUGCCUGCAAGACCAGUCCUGAAUUUUGGGAGGACCGCCCCUCAGGAGGAGAAACAAACCUAAACUCAACAUUUCAAACCUUUGCAAACCCAUUCUGGACUGAGAUUCUAGUCAUUGCCAAAAGAUCAAUGUUAAACUCAAGAAGACAACCAGAGCUCUUCGGAACCCGCCUAGGAGCCGUUCUUAUUACAGGAACCAUCCUAGCCACAAUGUUCUGGAAGCUAGAUAACUCACCAAGAGGCAUACAAGAACGCUUAGGGUUCUUCGCAUUCGCAAUGUCCACAACAUUCUACACAUGCGCAGAAGCCAUACCAGUCUUUCUCCAAGAACGUUACAUCUUCAUGAGAGAAACAGCUUACAACGCGUACCGUAGAUCAUCAUACGUCCUCGCACACACGAUCAUCUCCCUCCCGGCUCUUGUAAUCUUAUCAGCUAGCUUCGCCGCCACGACUUUCUUCGCAGUUGGUCUCUCCGGAGGCUCCGAGGGGUUCUUUUUCUUCUUCUUGACGAUCUUGGCAGCGUUUUGGGCCGGAAGCUCGUUUGUUACUUUCUUAUCCGGCGUCGUAUCGCAUGUGAUGAUUGGGUUCACGGUGGUUGUAGCGAUCUUGGCUUACUUCCUCCUCUUCUCUGGAUUCUUCAUCUCUAGAGAUAGGAUCCCUCUUUACUGGUUAUGGUUUCAUUACCUCUCGCUUGUGAAGUAUCCUUACGAAGGUGUGCUUCAGAACGAGUUUGAAGAUCCGAGGAAAUGCUUUGUAAGAGGGAUUCAGAUGUUUGAUAGUUCGCCGUUGGGACAAGUUUCGGAUGCGGUGAAAAUCAGUUUGUUGAAGAGUAUGAGCGGUGUUUUGGGGGUUAACGUGACGGCGGAGACGUGUGUGACGACGGGGGUUGAUAUUUUGAAGAAGCAAGGGGUCACGGAGAUGAGUAAAUGGAGUUGCUUGUGGAUCACGGUAGCCUUGGGGUUCUUGUUUAGGGUUAUGUUUUACUUUACACUCUUGAUCGGAAGCAAGAACAAGCGGCGCUGAUUUUUUACUAAUCUUACUGCUGUAAAUUUUUGUAUUUUGUUUUAUAAGAAAAAAGAUAUUAGUGUAAAACAGUAAAGUAACUAGUAAGG